AUGCAUUGGGCAGCAGCAGUGGCGGUGUUCUUUGUUGUGAUUACGAAGUUUCUACAAUAUACAGCCAAAUAUCACGAUAAAUGGAUCGCUAAUCUUGCACCAGCGAAUGAACUCUCCAAAAAAUACUUCAACAAAAUGAAAGAGCGUCAUGAACUAAAGGAGCUCAACAAUACCAUUUCUGCCCAGGACAAUUAUGCUAAAUGGACCAAAAACAAUAGGAAAUUGGAUUCAUUAGACAAAGAAAUAAACGACUUGAAAAAUGAGAUAAAAUCACAAAACAAAGCAUUUCAAGGCAAUCUUCAAAAGUUGAGACUAUUGGCACUAACGGUGCCAUUUUUUGUGUUCAAGAUCGUGUAUGGUAAGACGCCCAUUUACAAGUUAAGUUCCUCAACGAGCACGUUGUUCCCUACCUUUGUCACUGGUGUUUGGUCUCAAGGCUGGUUUUAUGUUGUAUUGCACCCACUAAGAACCAUCUCUCAAAGAUGGCAUAUAAUGGAAGGCAAAUUUGGCACCGCAAAGUUUGAUGCCGUGACUUUACAAAGUGUUUCUUUAGGGAUCUGGGUUUGGGCUUUGAUGAACGUUAUCAAUGGAAUAGAAUUUAUAGUCAACCAAUUGUUUCUAACCCCCAAGAUGGGACCGCCUGCAGUUGCAGAGACUCAAGAAGAAAAAAAAUUGGAUGUUUCCGACAAUGCCUUUAUUUUAGAUUAG